AUGCCGCGUCCAACGUCACAGGCCCCUAAUUCGGCCUACUACAGCCCGGACCCCAUGUCCCCCACCUUUUCGCCUCCUGGCGAGUACACAGAGUUUCAGACCUUGCGUCCGAGCACUCCUGCCUCCUUUGGUCGAUACUCGGUCAUGAGCGGUUUGACCCUCGAUUCCGAAAAGCACGACCGUGAUGGUGCCACCACCCCACAGGCACAGGCCCUUCUCCCCGCAGCUCCCGAUGGCGUUCCCGGCCAGCGUUCCAGCACUUACUAUUUCAACAAGGAGGGUGGUGCUGCUGCUGCUGCCGCCGCUGGCUCUUUCCACCAGUACCAAGGUCGUCGUGGUCAGGGUUACAACCCAGCCAACCCAGCCGGUCUCGAACGUGGUCUUGCACCCAACAAGCCUGCUAACUUUAUCAAGCGCAGACCUCUUCUCUUCAGUUUGAUCCUGCUCGCCAUCCUCAUCAUUAUCGGUGUGGCUGCCGGUGUCGGUGUCAGCCAGGCUACCAAGUCCAACGACAAGAACCUCUCGGCCGCAGCAUCUAACAAGGCUAACAACUCGGGUUCCAACACUCCUUCCUCCUCCGAUAACAGUGGCAACAGCAACAGCAACGGCAACGGCAACGGCAACGGCAAUGGUGCUAGCGGCACUACCUCGGCUGCCCCUGCAGCUCCCACCAUCACUCCUUUCCGACGAUGGAACUGGACCGACACCAACACCAAGGCUUACGGUGUCAGUCUUGGCUCUUGGCUUGUCUUGGAGCGAUGGCAGCUUGAAGAUUGGAUGGUUCAGAACGGCGGUCCUGAUGCUUGGGAUGAGUGGCGUUUCACUCAGAACCUUGGCAGUCGUGCCGCUUCGGUUCUUGCCGAUCACCAAAACUCUUGGGUUACCGAAGCUGAUAUGGACACUCUUGAGAACGCUGGUAUCAACCUUAUCCGCAUCCCUAUCCCAUUCUGGGCUUUCAUCCCCACCGUCUCGCCGGAACCUUUUGUCACCACCGGCUACAUGGACCAGCUCAACAAGAUGCUCCAAUGGUGCUACAACCGUGGCAUGUACGUCAUGCUCGAUCUCCACGCCAUGCCUGGAUCCCAAAACGGUGAUCAAUCUUCUGGACACAACACCACCAACAUCCAGUGGUUCUCUCAAGCCAACCAAGCUCGAUCCGAUACUUUUGUCGAAAAAGUUGUCCAAUGGGCCACAACAAGCCCCUAUAGCUCGAUCGUCAACUCUAUCGGCGUCGUCAACGAACCUCGGGUCGUUAGUGACGAUUGGAGUUUGAACACAACCCGAUUCCAAAUCACCCAAUCCUUUUACGAAAGAAGCUACCAAACCUGUCUCAAGUACAAGAUCCCAAUGACUUUCCAUAAUGGUUUUGCUCCUGGUACCGUCUUGGAAAAGAUGAAUCUUUGGAGACCCUUUGUUCAAGAUAAAGACCCGAACAUGCUCAUUUAUGAGGAUCAUCCUUAUCCCGGUUGGUUCCAGACACCUGAGCCUGGAGCGGAUGCGAUUCAGUCUUCGGUUUGCGAGUAUGGCGCUGCCGGUCCUCAAUUCCCUGUUCCCGUCAUUAUGGGCGAGUUCUCGGCGAUUCAGAGUUUAAACUCAAACAGUUAUGCGCAGAGUUACCUUGAGAUGCAGUUUGCAACUUAUGCUUGGUCCGCGGGAAGUAUCUUUUGGAACUUUAAAGCGAGUUCUUCUCAGAAUCCCGUGCUGGCCCUGUCGAAGAAUUUGAUGCAGCUCUACAGUUAUGUCGAUAUGUUGGCCGCCGGCACUAUGCCUAAUCCGGGUAAGCGAGCCAAUGUUCGCGAUUGGUAUGCCCGUUUGCCAAACCCUUGCGGUGACUUUCAGACUUAUGGUUGGAACAAUGCAGCACAGUAA